UUCCAAUAUCAAUUCGGAGUUUGCCCGUCAAUCCAGCCAGAAUAUAUCAGAGGUCUUGACAAUUUUGAUUAUUGUUAUUAUUAUUAUGGCAAUGAAAUUGAAUUUUAUCUUAUUCAAUCGUUGUCAAUCCAAAUUGUAAAAAAAAAAACAGGCGAUUUUGAUUGACGGACUGACCUCAAUUAGUCGAUUUAAAAUGACGUUCGUCAAGUGAAGAAAAAUCUUCAAAAUUUUUCUUUUUAUAUAUUGCAUUUACAACAAUAUAAUAUUUUCCACAGUGACUAUUAUGGACGACGAUAUAGCUGCUUUACAGAAUCUGGAACAACUUAUGACAGAAUUUUUCUCUCUAGAAACAACUAAUGAAAGAAAACGUACAAUUGAACAUAGUUUUCAGGAAUUUGCUGCACAGAUUGACUCCUGGAAACCGUGUUUGCAUUUUUUAUCUUCUACAAGCAAUCACUAUGUCAGUAUGUUUGCUUUGUCUACUCUGGAGACAACUAUAGGAAGACGAUGGCCUAUCCUUCCAUGGGAGGAUAGAGCUCUCACAAGAUCUACUUUGUAUACAUUAUCAUUAGAAAGAGAUGUAGCACCCUUUGUAAGAAAUAAAGUAGUGAAAUUGGUAGUAGAUAUAGCAAGACAUGACUGGCCACAUUUUUAUCCCGAUUUUUAUUCUAACAUUUUACAGCUAUUAGAUCACAAACAUACAAGAUUGUUAGGACUUAUAUAUUUGAGAACAGCUUCGGAGGAAUUAGCCACACCAAGGGAAGAUCUGCCGAUUCACCGAAAAAGCGAAUUGUUCAGAUUAUUAAGUUCCCAAGUGCCUCUGACUUUAGAUACACUUACAGUUCUUUUAAAAGAGACUACAAAAUUGCAAAGUCGUUCUGGAACUGUGACACCACCUCCGUCACCUACCAGUGGACAAAGUCUAGCACCUGCACGUACAGUAUUAGAUGUUGAGGGAUUGGCGACAGGCACUAGCGAAGUUUGCACAGCUACUCUUGAAGUUUUAGCACAUCUGUUUAGUUGGAUAGAUCUAUCAAGCAGUAUCUCUACUAAUUUAUUGGAUGCUAUUUUUUCCUGUGCUAAAUAUUACGAUGCAAUGAAUGGCAAACAAAUAGAAAUGGCUGUUCAAGCUUUGACAACGAUUAAUGAGCUUUUGUAUAGACCACUCUGCUCGCCUGACGCGACUGACACAUUGUUAUUAGAAAUAUUUCAAAAUGGUAUUGGUUUAUUCCAAUUAAUGGAACGUCUAGAUUCUAUAGAGGAAAACUAUACAGAAAAAAUGACGGAGUUUUUACAAUUAUUUGUAACGAAUCAUCUGAAGAGGAUGGAGUCAAGCUCAAAAUUUCCAGUAAAUACAUUAUUAGAAGUACUGUGUCAUCAUACGUUUCAACAAGUUUCCACCGUGAAUGGUUAUUUGCGUUGUUUAGACGUUUGGACUACACUUUUGGAGAGUACUCAGUCGCGAUAUUCUGCCGUCGCAUUAGCCCUCGCUGAACGGAUCUUGCAAAAAAUAAGUUUCAAAUUGAAUGCUCGAGUAUUAAGAGAUCUCGAUACGGAAAGUUUGGACGAGAAUGAAGAGACAGAGUGGCAACAUUUUUUGAGAUGCAAUGUAGAAUGUUUAGCAAAAAUCGCCGACAUCUCGCCUGUUCCAAUAUUUACACUAUUAUAUCGUUCAUGGAGAGAAGGAUUAAUUAUUUUUGGAGAAUUAGGUGCUGCUGUCGCCAAUGGUCAAGUUAUUUUAUUAAAUGAUGCAGAUGCAGCAAAUGUCCAUGCGCAUUUGAGAGAUCUUGCGUCGAUUACACAAGCUUUAACAAGAUUGUAUUCUCUUUUUAUUGGAGAUCAAACAAAUAUCGACCAAGCUUUAGCUGAAGAAAUUAUAUCGCAAACUUUAGAUGCAUGUAUAUUUGCAAGAGAUAACCAAUUAUAUAAAGCAACACUUCAACCAGCUGUCAUCGUAAUAGAUCUUGUAGAAGUACAUUCCCAGCUUUUGGCUUCUCUUCAAGCAUGGUGUCAUUGGAUAGUUAGGAAACCAGAGAAAACAAAGGAGACACUCUGUCAACGUUGCAUCGAUUCAUGUAUUUGGGUGACGACAUAUACCACUCCCUGUGAUCAUUCACCACCUGUAAAUCUUGUUCAUUCCGCCGUUCAUCUUUUUCAAAGUAUCAUCGCUAUUUUGAAACCAAUCCUAUGGGACCAACCGAUUUUUAGGAAUUUAAUUUCUACGGGCACAUACCCGUACUUAAAACCAGAUACAAUCAAAGUUCUGCGAAGGGCAUUGAUAAAUGGAAUUAUAUUACCACCCGGUGAUGCAGCGUUAAGGCAAAGAUUGUUGGAUACUAUGAUAUUGGCCUUGUCUGCACCUCUGGGUAUGCAAGGACAACCAGUGCCUUUAGAAUCAACAAUUUCAGUUACAAUAAUGCCGCUAACUCAAUUAUUAGAAGAUUGUGCAUCCUCGUCUACAACUAUAAAGAAAAUGUUACAUUCGUGUUUAGAAUCGAUCAUAAAUAGAGCAUUAGAGUUAUUGUCUUAUGUUAUAAGAUGUCAGGUUAUAUGUGAAGUAUUACUUGGCUUCUUACAUUCGGCAUUUUCAGUAUUACAACAACAAUUAGGUCCUGAAUUUAUGCAAAAUGCAGUUCAAGGCAUGCUGCAGCUUUAUACCAGAGAAAAUAUUUCUGCUGGUCCUGCAUUGGAUCAGUUGUUAGAAAUUUUGAUACUCGUCGUAUCAGCACCUGGCAAUGCAUUUAAGGCAUUUGUCCCUUCUGUUACAAGUCUAUGUUUAGGUCAAGUAUGGCUUGCAAUCGGAAACAGCCUAAGUGCUCAUCCGGAUACAACAUUAGUUUUAUUAAAACUUUUCCAUAGUAUUCUUAUGCAUCGAUGGCAAUAUUUCUAUAAUACUUCGAUAUUACGUACUCUUGGACAUCCCGAUGAAGACGAACCUAUCGAGCAUAAAGAAGAAUUAGUAGCUAUUUUAGAGGCAUUUGGUCAAGCUCUACUUCAAUCGGAUGUUAAUAUAUUUCGACAGAGUUUGCAAAGUCUCGAGCAAUUAAAUAUCAGGUGGCGACUUUAUCAACGAGCCAUAUUUAAGGCUCAUCUUCUCGAGAGGUUUUUGAUGGCAUUGUUUACAGUUUUAUUUCAACAGUCUCACAAUUUGCUGGCGGACGAAAUAGCUGUCGCUAUUCACAGUCUAGCAUCUGUCAAUAUAGGGUGGUUCUUUGGCCAUUUUUUGCCAACGUUUUUGGCAACUUGCGAAGGUGUCGACGAUAUGCAGAGAGCCACGUUGUUGGGAAAUUUUGAUAAAUCCACGGAUCAACCAACUUUGACAAGAUCAGUUCUUCAGCUUAUUUCAGACUUAAGAUGUUAUCAACUGUGCAGACCGGGCUGAAAGCAGUAUAUUAGGACGAAAUUGCAAUUUAAAAUUAUUUCAUAAGACUUCUACGAUGCCAUUUAGAAUUGAAAAUCAACAUUUUUAUCAAAUCUCUCCUGUGUGUGAGUGCCUCUAGAUACAGAUAUAAGGGACAUUAACUAUGAUAAAACAAAGAAAAGCAAAAAUUUUAUAAACAUUUACUGUUCUGUGUAUGUCACUGCCAUGCCAUCCUUUUGUGAUAUUGUAAAUGCCAUUAUAUUAUGUAUAAAACAUGCCUUUUUUAUAUGUCUAUAACUAUACUUAUAAUUUUCAGAUUUUUUUAGAUCUACUUUUCCACUUUUUAUAGAAAUAUGUAAUUCUAAUAUACGUAUUGGCAAAAAUUGCAGUGAAAAAUAAUAUUAUUUACCACAGAGAUUGUGAGUAAAUUGUUAAUAACUUGUUCACAUUACAUAUAUUGAUCAUUAAUUGAUUCAGAUACAUUACCUACCAUUUGUUAUAAACGUAGAAUUUUUGUAACAUACAUACAUGAAUUAAAUGCCACAUAAAUUAUACAAGCAAUUAUUGUGAUUAAAAAU